GGCAUCUGUGCGACCACUUUCUGUCUGACGUAUGGACUGAUAGCUAUGCGAAGGGGAGACUCCCGUAAGCAGCAGCUGAUGAUGAGGGGCCGGGUGUUGGCGCAGGGCUUCACUGUUAUGGCACUCAUGUCAGGCAUUAUGUACUCUUUGGUCCAAAGGGCCAAACAGUCGUCCACUUAUAAAACAUAUUCAAGUGAUCAGUACUUAAAUAAGUUUUUAGGCAUCUGUGCGACCACUUUCUGUCUGACGUAUGGACUGAUAGCUAUGCGAAGGGGAGACUCCCGUAAGCAGCAGCUGAUGAUGAGGGGCCGGGUGUUGGCGCAGGGCUUCACUGUUAUGGCACUCCUGUCAGGCAUUAUGUACUCUUUGGUCCAAAGGGCCAAACAGUCGUCCACUUAG